AUGUUUCGGUUUUUGACUACUGCCCUACUAAAUGUCAUCCACAAACUAGACACUUACAUUCUCAUUGUGGCCAUUGCAUAUAUUAUUGUGUUAUUCAGUCUAAAUUGCAUUCCGCAUGUCAGAGUCAAGUACAUCGGAUGGUUUAGUUUGAACAAGGUCACACUAGAAUAUCGGAAUAGCAAAGUCGUCAUUGGCAACUUUCGUGUGCGUCUAAACUUCCUUUUACCGUCAUCAGACUCUUCUCGGAUCAUCAAUGUCUAUUUAUCCGACGUAUCAAUAAUACAGAGCGAGUCUCCACAAGACAAGCAACAAUCCAAUCGUUGCACAAUUCUGCAACAGCAGCUCAUUGUCGAUAUUCCAUCAUGGAUAUAUACUCUUCUAAUACGGGAUCGCUGGCUUAAAGAGUUUGCAGUUCACGUUGGAAACUUAUCAAUUAGCCAUUUUGCUAUGGGCGGCCUUAGCGUACAAUUGUCGUACACAAGACUUGAAUCUUUAAGAUCGUUGUCUUUUGGAACUCACGGCAUUUCACUUACAGUUUUGGACGGCUUUAUCCACGAUAAUCUGCGGCGUUCCACCGUGGACAAAACUAGAGUGGUUCGUAAUCUCGAAGUGGAGCUUCUGUCUGAGAUAUACUUUACCUGUCCCUUACCAAAAGAGAAAUCCCGGAUUCGGGGAACUGUUAACAAUGUCGGACUAAAGUUUAUCGUUGCCGAUGUUCAUAUCCCAGACUCACUAGAUUUGUCGCAGUUGCAGAAGUCGAAGCAACCGAAUCCAAAAGAGCCAUCCCCUCUGAAUCUUCCAGAUACAGCAACUCUACUUGCUCUUUUCAACUUGAUUUCCUUUGUACAAAUCAAAGUAGAAGAGAGCGUUGUAUCCUAUAAUGACUUGCGGGUAGAGUCAUCCAGUUACAGUUUCAAUUACACAAAAGACUACUCUUAUAAGAAGCAACUUAUUUCAAAAAUUUCCUUUUAUGUUACUGCUGGCCAGUUUUUCCAUUUGGAUCUGAAGUGUAUGGAAAUCCCUUCCCUCACAUACCUAUUUGAAGCCAACAUAUCAGAUUUUCAAAGCGCAAUAUUGGCGAAUAUUUCAACUGAUCAUUGUGUUGAUAUUUCCUCUAACUUGACUUUGGCAAACCCUAACAUAAGCAUCUUCUUUGACCAGUUAGGUUUUCUCUUGAACACGCAACAUAAUACCAAGAGGAAUAAACAACCCAUUGAUUGGAAGAAUAAUAAAUUUUUUGCUCUUCUGAAAAAGAUCAGAAAUAUUUCCACUAAGGUUCUAAUUAUGGACACAAAAAUGACGCUCCACAUGCCACAGAACAAUCUGAUAAAGUUCCAUAGAGAGUCACUGAAGAAUAUUGUUUCCAAUGGGGAAAUGCUGUCUUUGGCAUUUAAAUCGUCAAGCAAAAACUUGGGAAGACUUAUUGAGCGCAAGUGUUUUGGAUAUGCAAGUCCCUUGACACUUAAGGGAUACAUGCGUAUGAAAAACCUACGCCUAGAAGUGGAAAAAAAUGAACUUUUGGUAUCCAACCUAAACUCCUUAAUAGGUUAUUGCGUGGACAAUAAUAGCGUUUCAUUGAAAUUCGUGUCAAAGCAUGUGCGUUUGAAAUCUGUCAACACCAUGAUUUUCCAUGUGGUGAGAUUAAUUCGCGAGACUAGAAAAUCCCACAUGAAUGCUGCCUGUGCAGAUAUUGCAAAAGUUCCACAAGAUGACUCUAGUACCACCAACUCUUCUGACAGCAAUGGUAUUAUCACUUCCAUGGACAUUUUCGAAGUGCUACCUUCGGUAAUUCGUUCUGUGAGAUUUGAAUCUAAGAGAAUCACUACUACGAUCAUCUGUAAUGAUUCAUUACCAUCGCACAUACUCAAAACGGAUGAAGGUGAAAUGGUGGACCUCUCUUCAUUCAAAAGAGGUAUAUCAUUCACAGUUAACGAUGUGUCAUUAACGUAUAAAAAAUCAGAACUAACUUUCAAGGUAACUAUCCGUCAUAUUCAAGUUAAUACUCUCAGUGAGUAUAUGAAUGAAUAUGUGGAUGAGGUUGACGAUGUUUCAAGGUUUGACGUGGGAGAGAUUGACUUCGAGGACGUAUCCAGUUUGAACACAACCCUGUCACAUAUACUGGACCAAGGCGACAACAACGAGAUUAAGAAAGUGAAACGAGUUUUGUUCAUCAAUGAUAUCGUUAUUGAAAAUCCUGCGAAUAUUAGUGAUAGAAUCCUUAUUUCUAUUCCAGAAGUUGAUGGCAAAAUCGAUGUAUUUUUGAUUUGGUGUGUGAUGUAUGCACAUACGUUAGUCGAAAUGAUUGCACCAAAGGUGAGCAAAACUUAUUCCGUCGAAGAAGAAAGCCAGGUGAAGAAGAAAAAUAAGAGACUCAAUCUCAGCAUUAAUAUCGAUUCACUCGCUUUAACUGUGAAAGUGCCAAACAAUGUGGAUCUAAUGUUCGAGUGUGAUCAAUUACAACUAAGAAUCAUUGGUUCAGAACAUCGAGUUCAGGUAGACUUCUUGCGUCUUUAUGUCGUACAUCCAGCUACCAAGUUAUGGACAAGACUCGUUUCUAUCACAGACUUACUCAUAAACUUGAACAAUUUGUCUAAAACUAACAUCAACUUGGUUUCAAAGACUGUCCGUUUCAAUAUCCCUUUCCAAUUUUUGGUAUACACAGUCAUUGACAACAUUGUUACGUUUUUCAAAACAAUCAGGCAACUUAAGUAUAAUUUCAAGAAUCUUUCGCAAGGAAUCUAUGACUACCAGCGGAUUAUGCCUGAGGGCAAACCAGCAUUCAAUGUUCCAAGAAUCAGUUGGAAGUCGUCGAUUGUGGGUCUUACGUUGGAAAACGAUGCAUUUGAAGCUGAGCUUGCUUUGAUUUUCGAGCUCGCCAGCUACGAGCAAGUCGACAGGCUUCGUAAAUUGGCACUUUUUGAGCAAAAAGUAAAAGACAUCAAGUCCAAGGUUGAUACUUCAGUUUUAGAGGAGCAUGUUCCAUCUCUGCGGUUUCUAUCGAAACACAGCCGAAAGCAGGACAGCUCAUCAAGGUUUACAAUUUCAGAAAUUGGACCAGCGAUUGGGGAAUCUUUCAAAUCACAAUUUUCGAAUAUGCACUCAAGGCAUUCUGAAGACCAAUCAUUGGCAGGUUCAAAGGCUGGUGACGUUAAAUCUAAAAGCUUCUUCAAAAAAUCACACAGAAAGAACAACGGAUCUGUUGAGAAAGAAACAUAUCAAACAGAGGUAUCAACUCAAAAUGAAGAAGUUUACACAGAGGAAUGUGCAGCUGAAAUUAUCAAUAGAGCGAAGGAGGCUUUAGAUAAAGAUUUCGGAACUUCAUGGAUCCAGAAGUUCAGGAAAUUCAAGGAAACCCGAUACGCAAAUAUCCGUGACAUAUCAAGGAGCAUUUGGGAUGAAGACGAAGUGAACCCAAUUAUGAAAAGCAAGUUCCUGAUUCAGAACUUUGCUCCCGGUACACCUCAAUUUACGGGAUUGUUCAAAGAUUUCGAUCUUGCAGUUGAAACAGCGAAGAUUAAUGAUAUUGACGAAUUUUUGAGGCUUCACGGUAAAGGACAACCUAAGCUUGAGUACUCCAUCCUAAUCCCAUUAUUCUUCCGACUUAGAAGUUCGUCUGUCAGUCUCCGCGUUCGUGACUAUGCGCUUCCCGCCCUUUCAUUUCCUUCGAAUAGCGGUGGGAGAGCACCUAUAAUGGAUUUUCUGGGGAAUUUGGUGAUUAAUGAGAAACUUGUUUUUCGGAAGGAAGAAAUGAGACACAUAUUUGUACCGUUUUCUCCAGCUAUCACAAAAGAGGAAUCUACAGAUAAUUUCUAUUCCGUUCACAUUCCUAGAACGUUGACUCCAGUCAAAUUCAUGCUCGAUCUUCAAUGCAAUAUAAAUACCGAUCGCGCUUGCAUUAUCAGUUGGAGUAAAUCGUAUCAGGCUGCAAUGCUGAGUGUGAUGCAAGCAUUUGAUAAUUUUACCAAACCGCCAAUAGACGACAGCCCUCUUGGUUGGUGGGACAAAUUCGGUCUUUUGAUUCACGGAAAAAUCAAAUUUAAUAUUGAAAACGAAUUGUGUCUUCACAUCAAGAGCUCUAUAUCUCCAUACGAACUAGUGGGCGAGAACUCUGGUUUCGUCUUUUGUUGGAAAAAUGGUGUUCUGUUAAGGAUCAACGAAACCAAUAACCCAGCAGAACUCAUUCUUCUUGAUAGUCAUGAUUUUAUUCUUGGCAUACCAAACUAUUCAACUGCUGAGAGUCGUACAUGGAGUUUAUUCUAUAACGACACCCAUGACUAUGUUCACGAGAGCGAAUACGAAAGUAAGAAAUUUCAAAAGAGAGUAUUGAAGUUUUCGUCAGAUGAAAAAGUCUUGUGGACGCUUGGAUUUGCUUUUGAACGAAAUUGUGAUAAGAAUGCAACCGAGCUAAGCAGCAACCAAGAAAGAACAAGCAAAUUCAAGCCACACUACGAUGUUGUUGUUACGAAUCCAAUUUUUGACUGGCAUCCCGAUUCCUAUGAGGAGUAUCGGUCAGAUUAUUUGCAUAUGGCAAUAUCAGUCUGCUCUAAAUCUUCAAAAGGCAACUGUUCCAAUUCUGCUUAUCUAACCCCUCGGUCAAUCAAGUAUUUUACAACCUGGUGGAAUACACUUACAAACACUAUUUCCUUGCCAAUUAGGGAAGGAAAGUUAUUCUCCUCAAAAAAGAUUCCAAAAUCGCUGGUGAAAAUGAGUCCACACUUAUUCACUUUCAAAUAUCAAUUAGAGAUAGAACCCCUUACUAUUUCCAACCUCCAUCUUUCCUUUGAUGUACAGAAUCGAAAUUACAAUGUGAUAUUCACGGGCUUGAAAGGUAAAGUUGCACGCUGUGUUAUUGAUCUCCACCAACGAAAAGAAGUUGUUCGAUAUGUCAACGACAAACUCGGCAUCGAUAAAAUGGUUCGCAAAUUGAAACUUAAUUUAGGAGAAAUUGACAUAACAGAUGCAGAUAUUAGACUCUUCUAUGCAAAGUUUAGUGAUACGUCCUUGAGGGGAGAGCUCAUGUCCUAUUAUACUGGUGAUUCGCUGACGCCAAUUGAUAUAGGAUCGUUCCAAGCAAAUAGGGAGAGCCUGCAGAGCAAAUAUGGCACAUCUGACUGGAAAAAGAAUAUGUCCAUCAAGGAAGAAGACUUCCCGUGGUUAGAUUUGGAGGACUUUAUUGAACUUGAAGAAAAGGAAAUGCUCUCUGCAGAUCCCGCUAUAUCAGUCCAUCCUUUCUUCUUCACUCCUCGAUUUACUUAUUUCAGGGAGUUCACGUUGGAGAGUUCCGAAAGCAAGUUUCCUUUUGGUGCAGAAAAAUCCCACCGUUGUCUUAUAGGGGCACAAACACCUGAUCAGGUGCAAGCAAUGAUUCUCAAACGACGUGUGGAUGAGAUAAAGCAAGAGUUAGAAGACACUCAUGAUGUUUUACUGAAACUCGAUAAAGAUGAUUCUACUAGCAAACAAGACUAUGAUCGUCUCAAUCAUCAAAUUGAUCGAGCAAAAAGAGCUAUCAGCCAUGUUACCACCAUUUACGAAGAUGUUGCUUCUACUCCGAGCUCAUCUCAUAAUAGCCGGCCAGCAAGUUUGGCACCUAAUGCAGAGGUACUUUCAAAAGUCCCAAGCUCAAAUAUGUUGAAGAAAAUCGCCACAAGUUCGGAUUCAAGUAUCAUUGGCGUUAAUGAAAAUGGAAGCUUUUUGACUAAAAUGGACUCUAGGGCAUUUUCCGCGUAUUCAAAUUACAAAUCCAUGGAACAAGCAAGAGAAGUUAUGACUUCUAAUGCGUCUGCUAGCAGUUACCAUAAUCGGUUUUUGAUUCAUAACUUGCAAUUGGUUUGGAAUAAUAAAGUCAGAAAUUUAUUCAUGGAAUAUUUGUUGGUUGUGAACGAUGAAAAAACUCAGGCAUUCGCUAUGAGUAAGAAGGCUGUUGAUCUUGUUGACGGUAUUUUAAAGAAGUAUAAAGAGUCGGACAAAGCUAAGGGAGAUGAGAGCUCUACAACUGAAUCAAGCCAGGAUUAUGACUCGAAUGAGGACAUUAUUAAUUGUUUUGAGGAGUACUUGACGCACAAUGACAGCGAUGAUCGGGAAAUCGAGAACAAAUAUCUCAUCAAAUUCAUUCGACCUCAAGCUCAAUUCAUUAGUGAGCUUGAUACAAACUUAUGUGUUCUCCAAACCUCCCAAGAUGUUGAAUUGCGUAUCAUAUGCGUCAAUGUUGCUGGAACUAAUAACAUCAUCAGCGAGAAUCAAAGCCUUGUGUCUUUGAUUGCAACACGUUAUGGUGUUUUCCUUAAGGACUCUUUUGCGUUCGCUUUUGAGCGCAAAAAUUUCACUGACAUGUCUUUAAAUCCAUAUGGAAACUAUGUUAACCGUCAAACCUGGCCACCCUGGGUAAACUGUGAAGAAUGUGACGAAGUUUUGAACUAUGAAGAAGAUCUCGUAUUAGAAAGGACAACUAUGGCCUUCACAUUUGAGAAGCCAAAUAUGUUGUCAGUGGAUGCAACUCCACUGUCUAAGGCCAAUGAGAUCAAAGUGCAUUUGGGAAAAGUUGUUUUCAAUGCAACGUCUUCUCAAUAUUCGGCGAUGUAUUUUGUGGUAACUGAUCUCCUCAUGCAUUCUAACUCGGGAAGAGAUCAGCUUCACCGCCGUUUAAAACAAAUUAUGACUUUAUCUGAUGAAUCUGAUUUCCAAGGAAUAUCGGAGAAAGUGAAGCAACUUCAGCAAAACAUCAGAGUUUGUCGUUUUAUUUUGCUUAAAAUGGAUGAACGAACUGUACUAUUGAGCAAAAAAGAACAAAGAGAGAAAAGUGUUGUGGAGAUGGAAAUGGAAAGGAUGAAGCUUGAACUUGGUGUUAUAGUUGAGAUGUCUCAGCUAGUAGGGGAUAACAAUGCGUGGAAAAAAGAUCUAGCUAUGAAUUGGAAAGUGGACGCCGAUCAAGUUAUCUGGCAUAUUCUUGAUGAUAACAGAGAGCCUCUUGUUGACUUUGCAUUGGCUGCUUCGCAAUUUUCACGCGUGGAUAAGUUUGAUGGUUCCAAUUCCAAUUUAUUGGAAAUAUCAAUGAUUCAAGGUUUCAACUUGCAACCGAAAGCGGUAUACCCCGAGCUUUUCCGACCAUACUUGGAAGUUGCCGAAACCAAUGCAGAUGAGAAUGUUAGUCAUGCCACACCUAUUGUACAGAUGUCGUGGGAGAUGUUGAAUCCCGUUGGUGGAAUAAAAGUGAUGAAGAAUGCAGAGCUCAAGAUCCAACCAGUGCACAUUCAGGUUGAUCAUGAUACUGCGAACAAGAUAUUUAACUACAUGUUUCCUAAGGAAGAUGAACUGAGCAAAGAAAGCUCUUCACUGCUGGCAGAGGAGGAGCUCGACGACUCAUCCAGUGCCACUUCUAAUACCUCCCCAGAGAGCUCUAACCCUUUCAGAAAACUCAUGGCGAAGAAAAGAUCUCCUAGUAUCAAUUCUAGCCAUUCCAAUCAAAGUUCGAGACACGCACAUUCAGCGAAGAGCGAAGAUUUCAGUGUCGAGAGUCUGUCAGUGGUCUCAUCUUCGGACGGGACUUCAGUGAGCGAACGGUUGACACCUAAACUCAAAAGAAAGUCUGCCAGAAAAGCUCAAAAGGAGUUUGUGGAUGAUGUCAGUCUCAUUAUGAACCGGUCAUCGAAGUAUAUUGUCAUCGAGGAGCUUAAGGUACACAAGGUUAGAAUGUGCAUCAGUUUCAAAGCACCCAAGCAUUUGAAUAUCAUUGAUGUGCAUAACCUUCAGGUUUUAAUUCCCACCAUUCACUAUCAAAAUAAGACUUGGUCGGGCCAUGAAUUAGCGAUGCACCUCAAGAAAGAUGUCAUUCGUAUCGUGUUAAACCACGCUGGUAAAAUUAUUGGAAACAAAUUUAAACAUCGUCAUCGGAAGAAGACUGGACAACCACUAAAACAAAUCUCGGACUAUUCUCAGUACAUGACGUUAGAACAGUUACAAGAAGAAGGCAGACCUCGAAAUGGCUUACAAAAAUUGAAGAGAAAUGCCCUGAUUGCUACUGAAGAUUCACGAAAAUCAGCUUCUCAUCCAACGAGACUCAGUCCUAUGCAAAGAAAUGUUGCAAGGCAUCCCGUUGACCACGUCAAUAUGAAUAAUUAUCUAGACCUGGUUUCAGAUGGUGAGCUGAUUUCUCAACCGGAUCAGUCUACGAAAGAAUCGCCAUAA